CUCCCGAGCCAUUCAAACAAGUGGCUCCAGCAGCACUUCGGAGCUGGGGCUGGCGAGAGGGCGCAGCGCGGCUCCCUGCCCCGGAGGCGCCGGGCCCUUCACACUGACUCUUUCUCCAGCGCUCGCUCUUUAUUUGACGAUGAAAUAAUGUUGACAUGUCUUGAAUUAUUAAGUAUUCCCUGGAUUUUAUUAGCACAUGAUGCCUAAAUGCUGCCUGUAUCUGCUGGGGUCUUAACCAGCGAGGAGCGAAGGAGAGAGGCAGAGAGACAGAGCGCGAGAGAAGAGAGAGAGGGGUUUUUGACAGCUGUAUUUGUGCUGAUAAGCGAAGGCACAAGGAGACGAUCGACUAGUGAGACAAGAGGGAAGCGGCGGCAGGGAGCUGCUGAGAGGGGCUGUGCUUCCCUCCGGAGACGGCUCGGCCCUCCCGGCGCCGUGCUGGGGCUUGGGGGGGACCCGAGCCCCCUCCCAGCGCCUGGCCGGGGUCUCGGUCGGUGCCCGGGGGCAGCUCGCUGGCCGGGCACGCCAGCCACGCUGGGCAGAUGCCGAUUGAGAUCGUGUGUAAAAUCAAAUUUGCUGAGGAGGAUGAGAAGCAAAAGGAGAAAGAAGAAGGGGAUAAGGAGAGCCUGAUUGAAGAGCCAGCACGGCCCCGGUCCCGGGACCUGGCCGCCUUUGCCAGCGCCAGCACCCUGCACGGCCUCGGACACAUCUGCCGAUCAGGACGGCUGGGUGUGCGCCAGACCCUCUGGGCGUUUGCCUUCCUGGCCUCGCUCGCCUUCUUCCUCUACCAGGCGGCCAAGUCGGCGCUGCUCUACCUGGAGCACCCCCAUGUCAUGGCCUUGGACGAGGAGGCCAUUCGCGAGAUGGUCUUCCCUGCCAUCACCAUCUGCAACAUCAACCGCUACCGGCACUCGGCACUCACCGACGCCGACAUCUUCCACUUGGCCAACAUGACGGGGCUGCCCCCGAAGGACCGGGAUGGCCACAAAGCCACGGACCUGCUCUACCCUGACCCUGACAUGGCUGACAUCGUCAACCGCACCGGCCACCAGCUUGACGACAUGCUCAAGAGCUGCAACUUCAGUGGUGAGAACUGCUCCUCCCGCGACUUUGCUGUGGUCUACACGCGCUACGGCAAGUGCUACACCUUCAACGGGGACCGGAGGAACCCUCGAGUGACCCGCCAGGGCGGCAUGGGCAACGGGCUGGAGAUCAUGCUGGACAUCCAGCAGGAGGAAUAUCUGCCCAUCUGGAGGGAGACCAACGAGACAUCAUUUGAAGCUGGCAUCCGGGUCCAGAUUCACAGCCAGGACGAGCCGCCCUACAUCCAUCAGCUGGGCUUUGGUGUCUCACCGGGCUUCCAGACGUUCGUGUCCUGCCAGGAGCAGCGGCUCACCUACCUGCCCCAGCCAUGGGGCAACUGCCGGGCCAGCGUGCAGGGGGAGCAGACGCUGCCCGGCUACGACACGUACAGCAUCGCCGCCUGCCGCCUGCAGUGCGAGAAGGAGGCCGUGGUGCGCAGCUGCCACUGCCGCAUGGUCCACAUGCCAGGUAACGAGUCCAUCUGCUCUCCCAACGUGUACAUUGAGUGCGCUGACCACACGCUGGACACGGCCGUGGAGGACAGCCAGGAGCGCUGCAGCUGCCCCACGCCGUGCAACCUGACGCGCUACGGCAAGGAGAUCUCCAUGGUGCGCAUCCCCAACAAGGGCUCGGCGCGCUACCUCGCCCGCAAGUACAACAAGAACGAGACCUACAUCCGGGAGAACUUCCUGGUGCUGGACAUCUUCUUUGAGGCGCUGAACUACGAGGCCAUUGAGCAGAAGAAAGCCUACGACCUUGCUGGGCUGCUCGGGGACAUCGGUGGGCAGAUGGGCCUGUUCAUCGGUGCCAGCAUCCUCACCAUCCUGGAAAUCUUGGACUAUAUCUACGAGGUGAUCCGUGACAGGGUGAGCCGGCUCUUGCGCCGCUCCAAGCCGCCCCUGAAGAAGCCCUCGGGCAGCAUCGCCACGCUGGGACUGGAGGAGCUCAAGGACCAGAGCCCCUGCGACACGCUGGGCCGGCACGCGGAGGGCGCCUACAACGCCGGCAUGCUGCCCAACCACCACCACCGCCACCACUACCCGCACCAGGGUGUCUUCGAGGACUUCGCCUGCUAGGCCAGCUGGGGAGCGCGGGCAGCAGCGCCCCGGCCGCCCCUCCGCGGCGUCCGCACGGA